AUGGGCUCCGUCUGCGGCAAGGAGGAUAAGGGGGACAACUUCACCUCCCCCGGCCGCCCCCUCGGCACAGCGCCCCCGCCUCAGCCAAAGACCGCGCCCAUUCCCUCCAGGGUCGGCGGACCCCCGCGAACCCUCGGCGGCGGCAGUGGUGACGGCAGUGGCGGCGGCGGCGCAUCCGGCCAACAGUCCGCCGACGCGGCCGAAGCGAGGCGCAAGGCCGCUGAAGCAGCAGAGACCCGGGCAAAGGCAGCGAGCAAGUCGACGGGGAAGCUGUCCUCGCAGCUCAACGCGCAAAAGAAGCAAACCCAGACCGACCUGCUCAAGGACGCCAGUGCUCAGCAGCUGCGACAGAGGGACGCCGAUGCCGCCGCAGAGGCGAGAACGUAUAACUAA